CACAGAAAGUGGAAGAGACUGAGUAGUGCAAUGGACACAGACCCCACGACACACAGCCCAUAGGAUUCUGUGAAGUUCAUCUGCCUGAGAACACUCAUCUCAGAAGGAGGAAGGACAGGAGAGGCCAGGUGCCUUACAGGAGCUGAAGGUCUUCUCCUCAGAGAAAGGCCAGUACAAUGAGAAGAGAUAUGGAGGUGUCCUCUGAACUUUUCAGCAAUGGGUGUACCUCCUGGCAGAGGGUUCUGCUCACAGCCUCCCUCUUAACCUGCUGGCUCCUGCCCACCACUGCCAGAGUCACCAUUGAAUCCUUACCACCCCAAGUGUUUGAAGGAGAAAAUGUUCUUCUACGUGUUACCAAUAUGCCAGAGAAUCUUCUAGUGUUUGGCUGGUACAGAGGAAUGACAAAUUUGAGGCAAGCAAUUGCACAGCAUUGGCUGUACUACUAUAGUGUAAUGGCGAAGGGGCUGAAUCACAGCGGCAGAGAGAAAUUAUACAUCAACGGGACCCUGUGGAUCCAAAAUGUCACACAGGAGGACACAGGAUAUUACACUUUUCAAACCAUAAGUAAACGAGGAGAAAUAGUAUCAAAUACAUCCUUGUACUUGCACGUGUACUCCUCUCUUUUCAUCUGUGUGCGUCCUACUACCCUUGUAUUUCCCACUAUUGAAUUAGUGCCGGCCAGCGUUGCUGCAGGGGGAAGCAUUCUUCUCCUUGUUCACAAUAUUCCAAAGUAUCUUCAAUCGCUUUUCUGGUACAAAGGGUUGAUUGUAUUUAACAAAGUUGAGAUUGCUCGAUACAGAACAGCCAAGAAUUCAGGGGAACCUGGUCCUGCCCACAGCGGUAGAGAGACAGUGUAUAGCAAUGGAUCCCUGCUGCUCCAGAAUGUCACCUGGAAAGACACAGGAUUCUAUACCCUACGAACUCUGACUCGAUAUCAGAAAAUGGAAUUCGCACACAUUUACCUUCAGGUGGACACCUCCCGUUCCUUGUGCUGUGACACUCUCGACUCUGCCCAACUCAGCAUUGAUCCAGUGCCACGGCACGCUGCUGAGGGAGGAAGUGUUCUUCUCCAGGUCCAUAAUCUGCCAGAAGAUGUGCAAACCUUUUCCUGGUACAAAGGUGUGCUUAACACUCAGGACUUUAAAAUUGCAGAAUAUAGCAUACUGACAAAGUCCAUCAUCAGUGGCCGUGCACACAGCAGAAGAGAGACAGGAUACACCAAUGGAUCCCUGCUGCUCCAGGAUGUCACUGAGAAAGACUCUGGCUUGUACACACUAGUAACAAUAGACAGCAAUGUGAGAGUUGUAAGAGCACACGUCCAAGUCAACGUCCACAAGCUUGUGACACAGCCUGCCAUGAGAGUCACUGACAGCACAGUUAGAGUACAGAGCUCAGUUGUCUUCACUUGCUUCUCAGACAACACUGGUGUCUCCAUCCGUUGGCUCUUCAACAAUCAGAAUCUGCAGCUCACAGAGAGGAUGACACUCUCCCCAUCAAAGUGCCAACUCAGGAUACAUACUGUGAGGAAGGAAGAUGCUGGAGAGUAUCAAUGUGAGGCCUUCAACCCAGUCAGCUCAAAGACUAGUCUCCCAGUCAGCCUGACUGUGAUGAAUGAGUGACCCCUCCUCUAAUGCUAUAGGAGGGUAGGG